AUGUUCUACGUGCACUUGCUGGUCAACAAGCGCGGGCCCUUGGCCAAGAUAUGGCUCGCUGCCCACUGGGAGAAGAAGCUCACCAAAGCUCAUAUAUUUGAGUGCAAUUUAGAGACGACCAUCGAAAAGAUCAUGUCUCCAAAGUUUACAAUAGCUCUGCGAACCUCUGGGCACUUACUCCUUGGAGUAGUGAGGAUUUACCACAGGAAAGCAAAGUACCUCUUGGCAGACUGUACUGAAGCUCUGACAAAGAUGAAGACAGCUUUUCGCCCGGGACUUGUUGACCUUCCACAAGAAAUCUCUGAAGCUGCUUAUCAGUCCAUCACAUUACCUGAAGAAUUUCAUGACUUUGAAACACCACUACCUGAUUUAAAUGCCAUUGAUGUUGCUGAGCAUUUUGCCUUGAAUCAGAGCAGAGCUGAAGACAUCACACUAGCAGAGGAUUAUGAAAGCAAUAUACUUCUCUGUGAUAGAAACUUUGAUGAAAAACCAGAAGCAGAGAGAAAACUGAGCUGCUUCGACACCAGCAUCUUCACGAGCAGCAACAGCCUUGGGGGUGAUCACAACUCUGGGAGUAUGAAUGGGGACAAGUCUGCACUGCCUGAGGACACCCUGAGUUUUGAGCACGACUGUUUUGGAGAUGAGGAAGAUGCUGCAGAUAUGAUUGAAAUCCUGUUGAGGGACGAGCCGAAUGGCCUGGAGAGAGACAUUCUUGACCUGGAGGAACAACAUCAUUUGCCACAGGAGCUGCCAGAGAAGAGCACAGCCAUUAAGUCCAAUUGUGCAGACACCAGCAUUAAGGAAGUCAGUCAUCUAACAAACAAGACAAUGCUGUUCCCGAGGGAAGAAGAAGGAUUUGUGCUUGAGCCUGUUGAUGAUACAGGUGUCACCCAGAGGAAAAAAAAGAAAAGAAAGAGGAAGUUGCUUGUGGAUGUAGAGAAGGAACUUAGCUGCAAAGCUAUAUACAACCAACUGAACAACUGCACAGACAUCCUUGCUACAUUGGACCUUGCACCCCCAACAAAAAAAACCAUGAUGUGGAAGAAGUCAGGAGGUGUGGAUAAACUUCUGGCCCACGCAGCGCAGCCUGUGGUUCAUGCCAAGCUGCAAAUGUUGUUUGCAAAAUGCUUCAAGAGUAACGGAUCGGAGAUGGGAGGGAAUGGGAUGCAGGAGGAGCCUGAAAUUGAAGAAACAAGAAAUGAGCAAGAUACCACAGAGAUGCUGAUAGAAGAGCCAAGUUCCCUGCAAGAGGCAGCUCAUUCUGAGACUGAGAUUAAAGAUAGAAAUGAUUCGUUUAUGUUGACAUCACAGAAUAAAAGAAAUGAAGCUGAUGACAACUGUGGUGCAACUCUAGUGAGCAGAGCAGCUUUCUCAGAGAGCUCCUCCCUGGCCACCCACUCCCUGGGCCCAGCAGCUGAACCCCAGCAUGCAGAGUCAGCCAAGGAACAGGAGCUAACAAGGAAUGGGAAAGACUGUGAAGAAACAAGAAGCAAAAGAACUCUUCAGUUAUUAAAAACUUUACAGCACCUGAAGAGCUCGGGCGUGAAUUCCUUCAGCUUCCAGGAGCUCUGCCGGAGAAGCAGCCGGAAAGAAACAGCAGCCAAGUUUUACAUCCUCCUGGUCCUGAAGAAGCAGUUGGUUAUUGAGCUUCAUCAGAGUGCUCCCUUCACAGACAUCACAGCCACCCCAGGCCUCAUGUUCAGCACCCAGUGAAAUCAU